GUUCCAUACUUCCAUUUAAUGUGUGUGUCCAUGUGUUGUACAAAGUUAAAAGUGAAAGAUAAAAAUAUUAAAACUAUUCAACAGCUGGUGAUUGUAAUAAAAACAGUCAGCUAACUUCACGUUUAUUGUGUGUUUUUGUUGAAAAAAAAUUUAUAAACAGUUAAUUUAAUUAUAUUAAUAAAUUGAUAUGAAAGAAAAAAGUAAAAAGUUGACAAACUUUUUGGGAUAUUUUUUCAUAAAAUGGUGAUAAUUUUAACUUUGAUAAAUCAAAUAAUAAUUUGUGAUACGUGACUUGCAAUAUUAUAUCAUUAUUAAAUUAUAUUUGAUAAAUAUAUUUUUAAUUUUUUUCAUUUUAAAAUGUCGAAUAAAACUUGUACAAUUUGUUCAAUUGAAUUUGUUGAUGAAUAUUCAUAUCAUGGACAUUUACAAGGACAAAAACAUUUAAAACGUGCUGAAUUUAUUAAUAAUAAAAAAGAUUUAGAGGAUCGUUCAAUAUUUGUAUCACCACUUCCAAAAACAGCUAAUUUAAAAAUAAUAACUGAAUUUUUUUCAAAAUAUGGUGAUAUACAAAAUUGCAGAUUUGGUGGUAAAUAUGCUAUGAUUGAAUUUAAAAACAAAUCAACAGCUGAUGAAUUACUGGCAAAUCCAGUAUUUUUAGAUAAUUGGAAAUUAAAUAUUAAAAAACGUGUUAUUGAUGUUCAAAUUUUACCAAUUAGAAAAAAUAAACAAAAAAAAGAUGACAAUGAAACAAGUAAAGUUAAUUUAAAUGAGAUAGAUAAUUUAAAAUUAGAACUUGAAAAAGAAUCAUCAUUUGAUAAACAAGUUGAUAAAUUUAUGAGUUUAGUACAACCAAAUGAAAUUGAUUUAAAGCUACGUAUUGAUGCUGUAUGUAAUAGUAUUAUGAAAAUAUUAAAAUCAACAUUUCCACAUGGUGAAUCAGUACCAUUUGGCUCAUCAACAACUGGUCUUGCAUUAAUUGGUAGUGAUUUAGAUGUAUUUUAUGAUAUUAAUCAACCAAUAUAUAAUGAUGAUGAUGAACAAUUUAAAAUAAGAUAUGAAAAUGGUGAAAGAAAUUUAUGGACACCAAAAUUAAUAUUUCGUGAAGUUAAAUCAUUACUAUAUAAACAUCGUACAGCAUAUCAAACAAUUGUACCAAUACCACAAGCUAAAAUACCAGUUAUUAAAUUUCAUCAUGUUUCAACAAACACUGAUGUUGAUUUAUCAUUUAAAGAUGGUCUUGGUUCAUGUAACAGUAAAAUGAUAAAAUUUUUUUUAACUCUUGAUAAACGUAUUAAACCAUUAAUUGUUAUUAUUAAAUAUUGGGCUAAAAAACUUGAGCUAACUGGUUCGGGUAGAAUAACAAAUUAUUCAAUUGUCAUGAUGAUAUUAUUUUAUUUACAACAAAAUAAUAUAUCAUUAAUACCAACAAUUAAAGCUUUACAAAUAAAUUGUCCACCAGUUAUUUAUAAAAAUUGGCUUGUUAGUUUUGAUUCAAAUUUUAAAAUAAAUAAUGAUAAUUGUACAAAAAAUAUACCACAAUUAUUAUGUGGUUUUUUUAAAUUUUAUUCAGAAUUUAAUUUUGCAACAAAAAUUAUUUGUCCAUAUGAUGGAAUAUCAUUAUUGAGAAAUGAUUUUAAAAAAUUACAUGAUAGUAAUAAAAAUGUAAAUUAUGAAUUAUUACGUUUGGAUACAGUUGCAUGUCUUCAAGAUCCAAUACAAUUAAAUUUUAAUAUAAUUGGUAGUUGGACACCAAAAAUACUACAAACAUUUGUAACAGCAUGUAAUGAAGCAUCAAAAAUGUUUGAUGCAAUAAAUAAUGAAACUGAUAAUUUGCUGAUAUCAUUAUUCGACUUAUCAUUGGAUGAAUCAAGAAAAAAAAAAUGUGGCAAUAAUAAAAAAAUUAAAACUUCGAUCUUUAAUAUACAUCCAAGAGAAUUUGCAAAAGUUGGUUUACCAGAUGAUUUUUAUACACGUAAUGAUAUUGAUGAUAAAGAUAAAUUCAUAUGUGAUAACUGGUUUGAACUCAUUAAUAAAUUAGUUAUUAAAAUAAUGGAAAAAGUAUUUAUGUUUGAUAUACAAAUGGUAUAUGAUGCAACAAAUGGUAUGAAACAAAUUAAAAUACAAGAAAAUACAGAUGUUCAUACAAGUGCACAUAAUAAAAUUAUAUUUACUUGUACAAGUAAUUAUUGUUUAUCAUUAUCAAGAAAAGGUCGUAUACAAGAUAUAAAUUCAAAUUUAUCUUGUCUUGAAAGAGAAAUAUUAAUAUCACAAUCAAUUCUUGAAGAAUUGAAAGAAAAAAAUGAAGAAAAUCAAGUUAAAUUUACAUGUUGUAUUGAAAAAAAUAUUGAUCCAUUAUUUGCUCUUGUUACAAUGACUGAUCAUCAUACUACAAAUAAAUCAUUUAAUGCAAUAUCUGGUAUAUUAAAAGGUAAAAUACCAUUUAUCAUUGAUAAAGAAUUAAAAAACAUGCAACAGAAUAAAAGAAAACCUGAAAAAAUAACCAAUGACUGUUAAAAAACAAAAAAUAACAAUAAUUUUAUAUAUUUAUUUUUAAUUUUUUCUUGUAAAAAACUCUUUUAUUAUUAGACUUAAGGUAUAUUUGUGAACUGUUUGUGUAUAAAUUUUAUUAUAAUAAUAUAGACUGGUGAACAAUAAA